CGCGCCGCCCCAGACCCCCGCCUCCCCCACGCGAUGGUGCCCAACCUCCGCCCCCGCUGUCUUGCUGCCUCGGGCUCCUCCACCACGGCCAAUGCGGAUCCAUCUGGAUCGUGGUGAGACUGGAGGGUAUCGUUGUCGAGUCCAUGGCCUCCUCUCGCUAGGGUUUAAAAAAUCUGGUGGCUGCCUUGGACUCUCCGGGAGGUGCGACGGAAGGCAGCCGGCAGGGGCACACAACGCCCUGUAACACAUCUCGCUCGCUCUCCCCGAGGGCUGCCGGUGAGCGGCUCCUUCACGGCCAUGGCGAGAGCUGCGUUUGGGAGACUGGGACAUGACGAUCCCUAGGCACCCUCUCCGCCUCUCCACCACCGCCGCGCCAUGUUCGUGUUCAGGGGGAAGUCCGUGUUCAACCUGAGGAAAAAGCUAGCCCGGCGGCUGGAGGCCCUCAUGGACGUCUCCAACCUCGCCAUGUGCGUCGAAGCCGGUACUUUCGGGCGUCUUACCCCGCUCGUCGUCGACCUGCCCCGCAGCCGCCAGGAACUCCACAUCGUCGUCUUCGCAGGCGGGACGCCAGGCCAGAUGACCCAGAUUGAGAGGGAGAAUGCCACAGCAGAGGCCAUGUCCAAGUACUUCAUAGGUAGCGUACUGAGUGGUGGAGGCAGUGUGCCUUCUCCUCAAGCAUCCGCUGCGGCUUGGCAGCCGAUGGUGAAUGAAAUGCAAAAGGGCGCCCUUUCUACCCGCCUAGGCAUUCCGUUGAUCUACGGUAUUGAUGUUGUGCACGGUCACAACAACGUGUACAAAGCUACUAUCUUCCCACAUAAUGUUGGCCUCCGAGCUACCAGGGACCCUAUGUUGGUAAAGAGGAUAGGAGAAGCACCUGCUCUUGAAGUUAGAGCAACAGGAAUUCCUUACGCUUUUGCUCCGUGUAUUGCGGUGUGUAGAGACCCAAGAUGGGGACACUGCUACGAAAGCUACAUCGAAGACCCAAAGGUUGUUCAGUCAAUGACCACACUCAUCUCUGGUCUGCAAGGUGACGUUCCGGCUGGUUCUGAGGGAAGGCCAUACGUUGGUGGAAGUAAGAAGGUUGCUGCAUGCGCAAAGCACUAUGUUGGUGAUGGUGGUACGUUUAUGGGGAUCAACGAGAACGGUACAAUCAUUGACGCCCAUGGGCUGAUGACUAUCCAUAUGCCUGCUUAUUACAAUUCUAUCAUCAGAGGCGUCUCCACUGUUAUGACCUCGUACUCUAGCUGGAACGGCAAGAAAAUGCACGCCAACCAUUUCCUUGUCACUGAUUUUCUGAAGAACAAGCUCAAAUUUUGGGGUUUCGUGAUUUCAGACUGGCAAGGCAUUGAUCGGAUUACUAGCCCUCCAGGCGUGAACUAUUCUUAUUCAGUUGAGGCUGGAGUUGGUGCCGGUAUUGACAUGAUCAUGGUUCCUUUUGCCUACACAGAGUUCAUUGAUGAUCUGACAUACCAAGUUAAGAACAACAUCAUCCCCAUGAGCAGAAUCAACGAUGCUGUCUACAGAUUCUUCAGGGUGAAGUUCACCAUGGGUCUAUUUGAGAACCCCUAUGCUGACCCAAGCCUCGUUCAUGAACUCGGGAAGCAUGAAGUAGAUAAAGUAUGCAGACUUUCCCUACUCUCAAACUGUUUUAUUUCUCCUGUACAGGAAGUAGAUAAAAUAUGCAGGCUUCAAAGCAUAUGUUUGGGAAUUCAAUGCCAGAUGAGCCUCUUUCAUUUUAAGGCUUGAGUCCUAAUAUUUCAUUUCUUUUAGCUAUUCAGUCUUAAUAUUGUUCUAUUCUCUGAGCUCUUCAACAUUUCUGUGCACAAAAAAGAAAUGUAAUACUUGCCUUCUAAGCCCAGUGGUAAUUGUAUACAUCAUUUAUUCAUUCCUACCAGUGGUAAUUGUAUACAUCAUUUAUUCAUUCCUAAAUUUUUGGAUGGGCUACGUGGAUUAGAUGUGAAAGCGUUUCACAGUUUUGUUAUUUCUAUAUUAAACACUGAAGAAAUUGGGGUUGUCUCUUUUCAGAUCGGCAAGGCAAGAAAAGCUAUAUUCUUUUUCUGUUCUUUUUUUCUUUUCUUACGCAAUAGAAUAACUGUAUAUUACUUUUUACUUUAUCUUUCUUAAUCACCUACUUACUAACCUAACUUACCUGGAUCCAAGCAAGCAAGAUUGUUCUUAUCUGUUCUUAAGAAAGAAUGUGAUGGCGGAAUAAAUUAUAGGCAAUGCACACUGUACUCAUAUGUACAAUUACAUAAGUUAUUCUGCUUGUACAUGAUGAGCCAUUCUUUUGAGAAACUACUCCUGUAAUUAGGCAACAUUGUACGAGUUUUGUUGUUAAUUUCUAUGUAUUAGCUUUGACUUCCGUUAGUUCACAUAUUAUUUCAGUUUUUCCAAUAUUCAAAAUUUCAGAUUAUGCACCGGUCCCAUUUGAUUUCUGAUUGUGGUAUUUUUGUAUAAUCAGGAUGGUGUCGUGGUCUCCCACCGAGGCAGCGUGCAUUGUUAUUUAUAUGCCUCCUUCUUAAGCUUGUGAAUUUUCUCCUCUUACAGUGAUGUCCUUUAUAGCCAAAGUUCAUAACUAAAACAUACAUUUAGGCAUCAACAUUCAUACCAAAGGUGAUUUUGAUGGCCAGUUCACAGUAGAUUGGUUUGAUCAUUGUGACUGUGACACUAUGAAGUUGAUUGGCUUGACCAUUGUGACUGUGACACUUGGUCUAUACUGUGCGGGAGCACAUGUAGAGCAGCUGGCAGGGGAGGCAGAGGAUCUGAAGAAGCAACUGGCAGGGAAGGAAGAGGUUCUGGAGCGGGUUGAGCAUGGCAGGGGAGGGAGGGGAGCUAGGGGAGCAGCUGGUAGGAGAGGUAGAGGGUUUGUACAACAGACAAGCAACCAAGAAGCUGGAAGAGGAGCAGGGAAAGCAUAUACUGGACAAGGUGCUAGGUUCUGGAACCUUAUGUUUGGACCAGAUUCAGAGAGCUUCUAUGUGCAAGCCGAAGAGGAGCCAGUCACACAAAAUGCACCAAGUGAAGAGUGGAUUGAUGAUUUCUAAACCUUGUACUCCCUACGUACCUAAAUAUUUUCUGUUGAGAAGAACCAGGUUAGUUCUUCCCAACAACAAUUAUUUAGGUACAAAAGAAGCAGAUCCUUAUGACAACUGAAUUAGUUCAUUAGUGAACUGAACUAGAUGGAAGUGCACGUUCAUGUAUCAACAUUUUUCUUCAGCAGACAUGUCAUAAGACUAAUUUUCCUUUUAUUUAUGCUGUAAUGUGAGAACUUGAACAUGUGUUCUCCUAUGGUGUAUAAUAGACCCGUAUGCAGUCA